GGUCAGUAUGAGUCUGCCGAAUACCACCAAACUAAUUAAUUUACAAAAUUUCAUUAAGACCUUUAUUUAGAAAAAUUGGGCCAAGUCAAAUUGUAAUAAAUUCCAGCCACUAGCAUCGUGCCACGUGUGCACCUCCAUUUCCAUGUCCCAAGAUAUAAACGAAGCAUCAUCAGACCUAACUUCGGAAUUUCCAGUUUGCAAGAAUUCGGACAGUUGAUCAUUCGACAAAGAUGCUUCACACACGCACGAACUGAUAUAUGUUUUCUCUUUUUUCUUUUUUCCAUGCAAACAAAACACUCGCGAUCGAUCGAAAUCAGUUUUUUUCAUGCAAUAAAUUAAAAUGGAAAGAUACGAUAUUUUGAAAGAUUUGGGAUCUGGGAAUUUUGGUGUGGCCAAGCUUGUGAAGGAUAAAUGGAGCGGUGAGCUCUAUGCAGUUAAGUACAUUGAGAGAGGCAAAAAGAUUGAUGAGCAUGUUCAGAGGGAAAUCAUGAAUCAUAGGUCACUCAGACACCCCAAUAUUAUCAGAUUCAAAGAGGUGUUGCUUACCCCAACUCAUCUAGCCAUAGUAAUGGAAUAUGCAGCCGGCGGAGAGCUCUUUGAGCGAAUAUGCAAUGCUGGGAGAUUUAGUGAAGAUGAGGCAAGAUUUUUCUUUCAACAGCUGAUUUCUGGAGUCAGUUAUUGCCAUUCCAUGCAAAUUUGCCAUAGAGAUCUUAAGCUUGAAAACACAUUGUUAGAUGGGAGCCCUGCGCCCCGCCUCAAGAUAUGUGACUUCGGUUAUUCUAAGUCAGCUGUGUUGCAUUCUCAACCUAAGUCGACUGUGGGAACUCCGGCCUAUAUCGCACCGGAGGUGUUAUCGAGGAAAGAAUACGACGGCAAGAUUGCAGAUGUUUGGUCAUGUGGGGUUACACUAUAUGUGAUGCUAGUUGGUGCGUAUCCAUUUGAAGAUCCUGAUGAUCCAAGAAAUUUCAAGAAAACAAUCAACAGAAUACUCAGCGUCCACUACUCCAUCCCCGACUACGUUAGAGUCUCCAAAGAAUGCAAACAUCUUUUAUCUCGAAUAUUUGUUGCCGACCCUCAAAAGAGAAUAAGCAUUCCAGAAAUUAAGAAGCAUCCUUGGUUUCUACAGAACCUUCCAAUAGAAUUCAUGGAAGGAGAUGAAGCUAGUUUGGAGAUGAGAAACGCAGACGACUACUCUACUCAAAGUAUUGAAGAGGCAUUGGCUGCCAUACAAGAAGCUAGAAGAGCAUCGGACGACCCUAAAACGGGUUGUCCGAUGCUCCAAGGAAGCAUGGAUCUUGAUGACAUCGAUACGGACGAAGAUAUAGAUGAGGUCGAGACAAGUGGGGAUUUUGUUUGUGCGCUAUGAUCUUCAACUUUUUUCACUACCACUAGUUUAUUGUACAAACAAAUAUUGCAUCUUGUAAUAAAUGUAUAACUUCAUCUA